UUGGAAAAGUUUUGCCAUUAAAUAAUGACAGAAUAAAGAAAGUAUGAUUUAAAUAAAGAGACAUGCGCGUUUUAACUCGGAUUAUCGACCGAUUGCAGAGAUGAACGUAACGUGUGAUGUUGCCUAACCAGCGCCCGUCUUCCUGGCAUGGCGCCUCGGCCCUCGACCUACGUAUCUUUAUUAUCUUAAAUUUCUCGUGACUUUUUCAUUCGAAACGGCUAAAAAGAUUAAGCACCGAUUCAAAAUAGACAAGAAAAAGAAAAAAGAAGGAUUAAUAGACAAGAAAGACGUCUCGUCUUGCAGAAAGAGCAGAGAUGUCUAACUUAUACUCGAAGAUCACCGCCAAGCCGUUGCAACGGUAUCAAGAUAACGUCACGGUCAAGCAAACCAAUGCUUGGGUCAACGCGGAAUCUCCGAGCAAUGUAUCAGAUUCCCCACCAUCGGUAAGCCCUCUGUCUUCUUCCAUUGUAUUGCAACGAGAGGGAAUAAUAAAUCAGCCCCCUAGUGCUCCUACAUCACCACUGUCUUCCUUAUCAUCGCCCGUAACUCAUUUGAAUCUUUCAUCACCCGAAGACUGUACACAAGAUCCUAAUUGGCAAGCAACAAAAACUACUGUCCGUGAACGUAAUGCUGCUAUGUUCAAUAACCACCUCAUGGCAGAUAUUAUUUUUAUUGUUGGUAGUCCAGGUCAUACACAAACUAUACCAGCGCACAAGUAUGUCUUAGCUACUGGUAGUUCCGUAUUUUAUGCUAUGUUUUAUGGUGGACUAGCAGAAAAUAAACAAGAUAUAGAAGUACCAGAUGUAGAGCCAGCAGCUUUCCUUGCUCUGUUAAGGUAUAUGUACUGUGAUGAAGUACAACUAGAAGCUGAUACAGUUUUAGCAACCCUUUACGUUGCUAAAAAAUAUAUAGUUCCACACUUAGCACGUGCAUGUGUCAAUUAUUUGGAAACAAGUUUGACUGCUAAGAAUGCAUGUUUACUUCUAAGCCAAUCUCGAUUAUUUGAAGAACCAGACCUUAUGCAACGAUGCUGGGAAGUUAUAGAUGCUCAAGCAGAAAUGGCACUAAGAUCCGAUGGUUUUGUAGACAUUGACAUUCAUACACUUGAAUCUGUCUUAUCUCGAGAAACAUUAAAUUGUAAAGAGAUUUAUGUGUGGGAUGCUGCAUUAAGAUGGGCUUCUGCUGAGUGUUUAAGACAAGAUCUUGAGCCCACAUCCGCGAAUCAACGACAAUUAUUAGGAUCUGCCUUGUAUCUAAUUCGACUUCCAGCUAUGAAUUUAGAGGAAUUUGCUAAUAGUGCCGCACAAACUGGUAUACUGACACAACAAGAAACAAUAGAUGUUUUUCUACACUUCACUGCAAGUAACAGACCGAUGCUAUGCUUUCCUACAAAAGCUCGACAAGGAUUAAAAACUCAGGUUUGUCAUAGAUUCCAAUCAUGCGCUUAUAGAUCAAAUCAGUGGCGCUACAGAGGAAGAUGUGAUUCAAUCCAGUUCAGUGUUGACAAAAGAAUUUUUGUGGUUGGUUUUGGUUUAUAUGGAAGCUCUACUGGUGCUGCGGACUAUAAUGUUAGAAUAGAACUUAAGAGGCUGGGCUGUGUCUUGUCAGAAAAUAGUACAAAAUUUUUUUCUGAUGGAUCAAGCAGUACAUUUCACGUGUACUUUGAAAAUCCUAUACAAAUAGAACCAGAGUGCUUUUAUACAGCAAGUGCAAUACUCGAUGGUGUAGAAUUAAGUUAUUUUGGUCAAGAAGGUAUGACAGAGGCUACGGUUGGCAGUGUAAACUUUCAAUUUCAGUGUAGUUCUGAAAGUACUAAUGGUACAGGUGUUCAAGGUGGACAGAUACCUGAAUUGAUUUUUUAUGGACCACCAUCAGAUGAUUGAUGUAAAUUUACAAUGUGAGUAACACUUUAAUCAAAGUGUUUUCUUUUUGCGAACAAAAAAAAAUCUUGUAGGUAUUCAGUGGCUAUCAUUUUAAACGAAACUUGCACACUUCGUCAGCCUGUUAAGUGACAAGUUAAAUUUAAUAGAGUGAAAUUCUACUGUGUGGGAAUUUGCACAUGAUAUGUAUAUUCUAUGAUGAAAAUAGUUUAGUACACAGAUCUUGUAUUAAAAUAUACCCACUUAGUAGAAUAUUUUACUCUAUGCACAAUUAUAUCUUGCAACAGAGAAUGUAUUGCAAGCAAUAUUGUCACUCUACAGAUUUUAGUAAAUAAGCAAGUAUGACAGGUGCACUUUAAUCUGAAAGUUUUCAGAAUAUAUUCUUUGCUGUCAUAUGAAAAAGAAAAAUUUAUUUUAGAAACAAAUAGUGUUCAAUCUUAAUGGUCAGAUAUUAUAAAAGUAAUAAAGCAUAAAAAUAAGGCAAUAAGAAAAAUAAAUAUGUAUUAAUAUUAAUCAUUUUACGAUGACGGCAGUAGUAAAUCAAUUAGCAAUUUUUCAAUCGUUUGAAAAUACAUACGUUGUAACAUAACAAUGUAUAAUAAUCUUAAAUUUCAACAAAAUGGAUGAAUAUUUUUGGAACUGCAUAACUGAGAUAUUUGUAAAACAAAAGUAUUGUGUGGAUUAUAAAAUAUUGUCAAAAAUAUCUCAUUUCGUGAUGUAACACUAAUUUAAAUUGAAAUAACUUAAAAUACUUCUCAAUACUAUCUCAAUUUCUAUCUUAUCAAUUUCUAUCUUAUCAAAUGAAUCCAUAUUACUUUGAAUAACAAAAAUAUAAUUUGUUAAUUUGUUAUCAUAAGUUGUAUAAAAAUGUCAGUAUUUAAAUAACAUAAAAAUAUAAUUCUGGUAUUAAUUCCAUCUAAUAAAAGUAAACGCAUAAUAUGUAAAAACUUAGUUCUAUAAA